UCUCUCUCUCUAUGGUCUCUCAGUAUACCUCACGCACAGACAGGCAGAUAGCGAGAGAAAUGGAAGGCCGGAGCGGGAGCGGCGGAGGCGGUGAUAACUCGGGCCUGAUGGGCGGAUUCAGUGAUGGAAGCGGCAGCCUCUCGCCGCUCAUGAUCAUGCCUCUCAUGGCCUCGCGUCCCGUUCUACCACCAACCCCACACAUGUCCAACAACGGUCUCUUCCUCCCUCCCCCGCUGAGCAACGCCGCUGGCGAGGACUACGAUAACAGCGUCAUCAAGGCAAAGAUCAUGGCUCAUCCUCAGUACCCUCGCCUCCUCUCCGCCUACGUUAACUGCCACAAGGUUGGGGCGCCGCCGGAGGUGGUGGCGAGGCUGGAGGAGGCGUGCGCGACGUCGCUGAUGAUGGGGCGGGCUUCGUCGUCGUCGGCUGCCGGGGAUGGAGGGAGUGGUGGUGGCGGCGGAGAGGAUCCGGCGCUGGACCAGUUCAUGGAGGCCUACUGCGAGAUGUUAACCAAGUACGAGCAGGAGCUCUCCAAGCCUUUCAAGGAAGCCAUGCUUUUCCUGUCUCGCAUUGAUGCCCAAUUUAAGUCCCUCUCCCUCUCCACUCCCCCUCCUCCUCAAGUGUAUGGGGAGCAGUUGGAAAGGAAUGGAUCAUCUGAGGAAGAGUUCGGUGCAUCUGAGAAUUAUGUCGAUCCUCAAGCUGAGGACAGGGAGCUUAAAGGUCAACUCCUUCGGAAAUACAGCGGCUAUCUCAGCAGCCUUAAGCAGGAGUUUUUAAAGAAGAGGAAGAAAGGGAAGCUGCCCAAAGAGGCCCGGCAACAGCUGCUUGACUGGUGGAAUAGGCACUACAAGUGGCCAUAUCCUUCGGAGGCGCAGAAGCUGGCACUGGCGCAAUCAACGGGACUCGACCAGAAGCAAAUAAACAACUGGUUCAUCAACCAGCGGAAGCGCCACUGGAAGCCAUCGGAGGAGAUGCAGUUUGUGGUGAUGGACACGGCACAUCCCCAUUACUUCAUGGACAACAGUCUUGGCAAUCCCUUUCCGUUGGACUGUGCCCCGGCUCUUCUUUAAUGUUCUAGUUCUGGUCUCUGGACUCGUGUGUAUGAUCUGUGUAUGUUAGCCAGAGUUUGUACGUGUUUGCAGCUUGGACGCUUAUCAUAAUGCCUGCUGACCUGUGAGCAUGGAAGCAUUAUUGUUCGUUUGUGGUUUCUUUUGGACGCUGUUGCUUUGGUUUGUUAUCCCUAGUGUGUACGUCUUGUGGGGUAUUCUCUUCUGAUUGCUGUAGCAAUAAUGGAUGGUGAUGUCUAACGUGUAUGAGUUAUAUAUAUUCUGAUGCAUGUUGAUGUCUGA